CGCUCUGGGAUCCAGUGACAGUCACAGCUUGCUUGUUAGAAGCAAUGAAGACGAGUUGGCCGGAGACGACCCUAACCCCCACUUUACCAGUAAUCGAAGCACCGAAACAUUUUAGCAAUUGGAAGCUCUUUAAUUUCUCCGUGGCAAACAACAUGGUGGUCCAAGACUGAACUCGACUCAAUUGAAGUGUGUUGCGUACGCUGCAGUGACAAAAGCUACAUGUCAGCCAGAACCGGGCUUCUCCGGGGCCUGUGUCUGCACCAUGUGAGCUGCUCCGCGAAGCAGUUGCAGCAGCAGCAGCAGCAGCAGCAGCGACGGCUGCUGAACCACUUCAUCUCCCGAGAUCCCAAGCCGGCCGUCAACGGGCAAGAUGCUCCCUCGCCGCCGCAUUUCACGCUCGCCGUCAAGGACAACAUCGCAACGACAGGCGCGACGGCGUCGUCGACAACAACAUGCGCCUCGCCGUUCCUGACCAGCUACCGCAGCCCCUUCGAGGCGACCAUCGUGACGCAGCUGCGCGCCCGCGGCGCCGUGGUAGUCGGCAAGACGAACCUGGACGAAUUCGGCAUGGGCAGCCACUCGGUGCACUCGGCCUCUGGGCCCGUGGCCCAGGGACCCGAUAACGACCAGGGGCAGGGGCAGCAGGUACGCGCCAGCGGCGACUAUGGGGGCGAGGCGCGGUCGGCGGGUGGCAGCUCGGGUGGCAGCGCCGUGGCGGUCGCGUGUGGCGAGGCGGACGUGGCGCUGGGCACCGACACAGGCGGCUCGGUGCGGCUGCCGGCCGCCUACACGGGCGUCGUGGGCUUCAAGCCGUCGUACGGCAUGCUGUCGCGGCACGGCGUGGUGCCGUACGCCAACUCGCUGGACACGGUGGGCUUUCUGGCGCGCUCCGUCGGCACCAUCGCGGACUUGCUGGUGGGCGCCGGUGGCUUGUGGGCCGAGCACGACCCGAAAGACCCCACGAGCCUGUCGCCCGCGGCGAGGGCAAGGUGUGCCAGCGGGAGGGAGGGCUACCGCAGUAGUCUGACCGCUGUGCUAAAAGGCGUCAGGUUUGGCAUCCCGCUCGAGUACAACAUCGAGGAGCUGGACCCGCGCAUACGCGAUGUGUGGUCUGCGUCGGCCGAGGCGCUUCAGCAACUGGGGGCACGUAUCGUUCCAGUGUCGCUGCCUUCCACCCGGCACGCGCUGGCGGCCUACUACGUGAUUGCGCCGGCAGAGGCGUCCUCCAACCUGGCCAAGUACGACGGGAUCCGCUAUGGCACGCGGGAGGACCACGGCGGUAGUGCCGGGGGCGAGAGCGAGAGCGACGUGGCCGACGGGGGCGUGCUGUACGCGGCGAGCCGCGGCCGCGGCUUCGGGGACGAGGUCAAGCGGCGGAUCCUGCUGGGAUCGUACACGCUGAGCUCCGAGGCCAUGGACAACUACUUCAUCAAGGCGCAGGCGGUGCGCCGGCUGGUGCGGCGCGACUUUGACCGCGUCUUCGCGCUGGCGAACCCGCUGCACGAGCCCGAGGCCUUUGACCUCAGCGACCUGCCGGACUCGGUCGCCAUGGAGAACAAGUUCGGCCCGACAGAGGUCGACUUCCUCCUGUGCCCGACGGCGCCGACGCUAGCGCCUAGGCUGGCCGACGUCACCGCGCAGCAGCAGUCGCCCGUCGACUCGUACAUGAACGACGUGUUCACCGUUCCCGCCAGCUUGGCCGGGCUCCCUACCAUCAGCAUACCGGUGCAAGUCGCGCCGGAGGCGGCGGAGAGCCCCGGGCGAGAAACAGGGCCCGGCGCUGCCGGCCUGCAGCUGAUCGGCCAGUUCUGGGACGAUGCGCGGCUGCUCGCCGUCGCGGGCGCAGUGGCGAGGGCUCUUUCCGAGCCGACAUGAAAGCUACCUGUCAUUUUGAGAUUUCUAGAUGAUAGUGGUUCCCUCCGAGUUGUUGAGAUCUCACUGAGGAUGCUCGAGUCGCAUUAUACGACAUGCAGUGUUCAGGCCAGCGCGAUGUUGCUAUGGCUUACGUCUCUGCGAACCUACUUUCACACUUGGUCAAGUGUUCUGACGUGUAUAAAACAUUGGAUUUGUAUAAAAUAGGAGAGAAGUAGCACGGCAGCUUCACUUUGCUGUAUAUCAUUGCUUCCCAAUCUUGUCGUGGUAGUCGGCGCUGCUGUGAACUUUAUUCCAGCACAGCCCUGCCAAUUAAGGACUCGAUGUACAACAUUUAUCAUUAUGGGCGUUAUUUAAAUACUAUACUUGACACG